GAUUAUAAAGGGGAUUGGAAGUCCUGAAUAAAAUCUGUGUCUGUGAAAAUCCACUUCUUAGCCCUAGCGAAAGUCGAAAAUUGAAUUGCGAGGUUUGUACUCCAGUCACUAUGUAAAUCUCUAAUACACUGACAGUUCUGAAGCCUACACCCUCCAUUUUGAACUUAUUGCGCCCUUCUGCUAUAAUAAUACGUGGAGUUUAAGUCGCGACUUGUACCCAGGAUAUCAUUAUCGCAUCCGGAAUAUCGCAGGAGCUCAAUCUCUGUCAUACGGCGUUCAGUCUGUUCUAAAUGCUGUUCAGAAAUGGAUCUGUCUUUGACGCCUCUCCUCUUGCUCGUGGUAACGGAGUCCUGGAUUGGCCAAGCCACCGCCAGACAAGGUGUAUGUGUAACAAAUAGAGAACAUGGAGCAGUUGAAGAAUGCUGUGAGGGAUACAGGAAAAAUUCUGCAGAUGAAUGUGUCCCUAGAUGCAAUGGAGGUUGUCCACCAAGUCACCACUGUUCAGCUCCUAAUACAUGCUCUUGCAAAAGUGGAUAUGUAAAGAAUGGGAGAAAUCAGUGCGUACCUUUCUGUCCAGGAGGCUGCCAGAAUGGACGCUGUUUGGCCCCUGAUGUUUGCACUUGCAAUGAUGGUUUUGUGAAGCUUGGAAUUUUGUGCAUCACAGCAUGUCAAUGUCAACACGGUCACUGUGCAGAAGAUAACAGCUGUAUUUGUGAUGAAGGUUAUACCUUGAAUAAAAAUAAAACUCAUGAAUGUGUUCCCUUCUGCAAAAGCGGUUGUGUAAAUGGUGAAUGCUUAGCACCAGAUAUCUGCAUUUGCAAGAAUGGUUAUAUAAAGGAUCACUGCCCUGGUGGGUGUCAGAAUGGCAAGUGUAUUGCCCCUUUCACUUGUGAGUGUAAUGAGGGUUUUAUAAAGAAUCAUAACUAUGAAUGUGUGCCAGGAUGCAAAAAUGGUUGUAUUAAUGGUCAAUGCAAAGGACCAGAUGUGUGUGUAUGCAACGAAGGAUAUGCCAAAAAAAGCUUGUCAAAUUCUUCUGAUUGCAUACCAAAAUGUGAUGAAGAAUGUAUCAAUGGUGAAUGCACACAGCCAAACAACUGUACAUGCUUUGCUGGAUACACAAAGGAUUCAGAAAACACACAAACAUGUGUACCACUCUACAAUGAAGAAUGUACAAAUGGUAGGUUCUCAUCCGAAGACAAAUGUGUAUGCCAUGAAGGAUACAUGGAAGAUGAAGACAAUCCAAACAUCUGUAUGCCAAAUUGUACUUCUGAAUGUAUUAACGGUAACUGUACUGCUCCAAACAAAUGUACUUGCUACGAUGGUUACACAAACAACAUAACACAACCAAACCACUGUAUUCCGACAUGUGAAGAAGAAUGUGUCAAUGGAGAAUGCUCUGAACCUGAUGUCUGUAGAUGCUAUUCUGGUUAUGCUGUCAAAAAUGUAAAAGAAUCUAACAGAUGCUUUCCAGUUUGUGAUGAACCAUGUGUUAACUCUAACUGUGUAGCACCAAAUUUGUGUAAUUGCCAUGAGGGUUACACAAAACGUCCUGAAAAUGACUCAAAGUGUGAACCCAUCUGUAGUGAGACUUGUGUCAAUGGUAUCUGCACUGCACCAAAUGUUUGCACAUGUCAUCAAGGCUAUAAGAAGAGUAAUAAUCUUCAUGUAUGUGUCCCAUCUUGUCCCAGUGGUUGUGUUAAUGGAGAAUGUACAGCUCCAAACAUGUGUGUAUGUCAUGAUGGCUUUGUUGUUGACUUAAAAUUGAGUAACAGAUGUGAGGUUAAGUGUCCUGGUGGCUGUAUCAAUGGAAAUUGUACUGUAAACAGAACCUGUGAAUGCCAUGAAGGAUGGACUAGUACAGACUGUAGCAUGCAGAUUGACUACAUUCAAGAUUAUCCAGUUGCUAACAUAGUACAAGUACAGGCAGGCUUAUGGUUAGCAGACAAGACAAAUUUACUGUGGAUUGGCAUGGUAAUUAUAUUGGCUACUUCUCUUCUGCUUGUUCCUGCAAUAUCAAAGUUUGUGUCACACUGCCAAAGGAAAGGGGAAGACAAGAAUCCUAGCGAAGUAGUGUAUGUUCGCAAUUCCGAAAUGGAUGACUUGAACUCUGAAGCUAUCUGUGUUGAUCAGUACAGUGACGAAGCAUACUAUUAAAGGAUUGAAAAUAUAUGUCAGACUGAAAAUAUAAAAUAUUACCUCAUAUUGUAAAACCAGACUCUUGUGGCUGAUUGUAAUACAUUUUUCUUCCACUGACACACUUCUGUGAAAUGAUAGGUCAAACAUUUGCAGUGCAUGACUUCUUAGAUGGUAAGAUAAAUGACCCUUUCACUUCAUGUCCAUUUACUGCGUUAAGACUGGUUCAUCCAACACAAGAAAUAAUAAUGGCAGCCAAUUAGUGUAAUUUGUAUUUCAUAAAAAGUUACGCGUAGAUAUUCUGCAAGAGACAUGAAAGAGAUUUGCUAUGAAUUUUCCAUUUAAUAUCUUAUAUUUACAUUGUUAAAUGCAGCCAAAAUUAUUUUAAAUUUAUUUGUCAAAUGUAGAGUUUCUUUUUAUUCUCUGGGUAUGCGUAUGACAGAAUUGAUACCGCAUUUUACCUUAUUUUUAGAAUUAUCUGUUGUUCAAGGACAUAAUUGCAUAGCUUUGUUAGAAAAUCAAAAGAAUAAGUACAGUUUCAGGAAUCUGUGGUCAACCAACAGCAACAACAACAACUCU